GGUCUGGCUUACACGUGGCUGCCUAUUAAAAGCCACGCCCGGCUGACAAACUCUUCAGUUCUCUCCAACUCCUCUUGGCUGCUGCUCUGCUCCUGCUGCGACUACAGCAUCCGCAGUGAUGGCGACUGUCCAUGAGAUCCUUAGCAAGCUCUCACUCCAGGGAUCAGAAACCUCUUGCUCUGCCCCCAAGGCUGGUUCAGUCAAACCAAAAACCAAUUUUGAUCCAGAAAAGGCAGCAGAAGCCAUUGAAACAGCCAUCAAGACAAAAGGAGUGGAUGAGUUAACAAUUAUCAACAUCUUAACAAACUGCAGCAGUGACCAGAGACAAGAUAUAGCAUUUGCCUACCAGAGGAGAACAAAAAAGGAUCUUUCGUCAGCGCUGAAAAGCGCUCUCUCUGGUAAUUUGGAGACACUGAUGAUUGGAUUAAUAAAAACCAGACCCCAAUAUGAUGCUUCUGAACUGAAAUCUGCCAUGAAGGGUCUCGGUACAGAUGAAGAAGCCCUUAUUGAGAUUCUCUCCUCUCGAACAAACCAAGAGAUAAGGUCAAUUCUGGAUGUAUACCGAGAGCUAUACAAGACAGAACUUGAGAAAGACAUUGUCUCCGACACGUCUGGUGACUUCCGGAAACUAAUGGUAGCCCUGGCUAAGGGAAAGCGGCAGGAGGAGAGCUCAGUCAUCGAUUAUGAAAAGAUUGAUCAGGAUGCUCGGGAGCUGUAUGAAGCUGGAGUAAAGAGAAAGGGAACAGAUGUUGGCAAAUGGAUUGCAAUCAUGUCAGAAAGAAGCGUUUCUCACCUCCAGAAAGUUUUCGAAAGGUAUAAGAGUUACAGUCCAUACGACAUGGAGGAAAGUAUCCGGAAAGAAGUUAAAGGUGACCUGGAAAACGCCUUCCUCAACCUUGUUCAGUGCAUCCAGAACAAACCGCUGUAUUUUGCAAACAAAUUGCACGACUCUAUGAAGGGCAAAGGAACGAAAGACAAAAUAUUGAUCAGAAUCAUGGUUUCCCGAAGUGAAAUAGACAUGCUAAAAAUCAGAGCAGAAUUCAAAAAGAAAUAUGGCAAAUCCUUGCAUUACUAUAUCGGGCAAGACACAAAGGGUGAUUACCAGCGUGCCCUCCUAAACCUGUGCGGUGGAGAUGAUUGAUCUCCCAUCCACUGUUCCCCUGCUUAAAUCUUAACUGCUUGAUCUGAAUGUAUGUUCGUGCUGGUUUUACAUUCCUGAGUCGCCAUGCAACUCAUCCUGUCUUAUUUACUGACCAAUAAAACUUGUCGAUGUAGAAUUGUUAA